AUGAAUCAAUCGUGUGAUGUUUCAUCUUCGUGUAAUGGAGUUUGUAUUGUUACUAGAAAUGUCAUACUUUCGAAUAGUCAUGCUGGAACACAUGCUGAUCAACCUAAACAUUUUGAAAAGAAUCCAAUUGUGGAAUAUUUUCACACUCUUCAAUAUAAUGGAGCUUGUUUAGUAUUAAAUUUAGUGGAAGAAUUGAAGAAUAAUUUGGAAAUUUCAGAAGAAAUUCUUAGAAAUGCAAUUGAAAAGAGUAAAAUUCCAAAAGAUAAAAUUCUCAGAUGUAUCAUCAAGACUCGAUCCAAUCAACCAAGUGAUGAACAAGAAUGGACCAAUGAUUUUGCACAUUUUCAUCCAAGUGCAGCUGAAUAUUUAUCAAGAGAAUUACCUAAUCUUCUCCUUAUUGGAAUUGAUACACCAUCAAUUGACCAUCCUAAUAAGGCACCAAUUAUUGAACAUUCACAUGGUAGAUUUUGGAAUGCUAGAAUUGCAAUUUUGGAAAAUUUAAAUUGUGAAAUGAUUUUUUCACAUACUAACAGUAGUGAUAAUAGUAUUAAUAGUAACAAUAGUAUUAACAAUAGUAUUGAAGGAUAUUUACAAACAAGUUUCAAUCCAUUACAAAUUUCACAAGAUGCCAUUGGAUGUUUUGUCAAGUUUUAUCCAUCACAUCAAUAG